CCGGGUCCCGCAGAUGGUGCAGCCCGGCCCGGAACAACAUGGCUACAGUGUUUCGGCCCCUGGAACGCCUGCGGGUGCCGCGUCCUUCGCUGCAUCCCGGGGUGACGGGCUCAGGCUCCGCCUGCUGCCGCUGCACUCUCGGAGCUAAAAGAUACCUACUCACAGAUAACAUUGUGAAGUUAAAGGAAUUUCAACAUAAGAAGAUAGCUAUUGCAUAUAACCUACCUGGCACCAAAGAAAUCUAUUUCAGAAACUUGGAAGAGAAGUUGACCCAGAACAAACUCAUCUUGAAGGAAGAGUUGAAAACGCUGCUGUACCUGUGCCAGUCCCUGGAAGAUGUGCAGCUGGCGAAAGCCGUCAUUUAUAGGUACCAUGCAGAAAACAAGAAUUUCACUUUGGGGGAAUACAAGUUCGGACCAGUUUUCAUGAGGCUGUGCUACGAGCUGGACCUGGAGGACUCUGCAGUGGAGCUCGUCAGAGACAAGCAUCUACAAGGCUUCUUCCUAGAUUCAACGUCAUUCAAUAUUUUGAUGGAUAUGUUAUUUACCAAAGGCAAAUAUGAACGUGCACUUCAAGUGUUGAUCGAAAUGAAAAACCAAGAUGUGAGGUUCAGCAAAGAAACCUACAUCCUCGCUUUUGCAAUCUGCUACAAACUGAAUACCCUGGAAUCGCUUAAAAUCUGUACUACGUUAAGAGAAGAAGCCCUAAUUAAGGGAGACAUUAUCUGCAGGAGAGCAUACUGUUUUGUAGUGGCAUUAGCUCUGAAUAAGAAUGGUGGGCCACCAUCUUCUGGAGCAUGAAAGAAGGAAGCUGCAGUCCAAGGGGAAUAUCUUUGCUACAGUGAAGACGUCACAUGCCUUCUGUGCAGGGUUCCUAGAGGGCAUUUUAAGUUAGUUCUCUCCAAAGUGCAGAUGAAUAAGGACUCCGGGGUCAGGCCUUGUUAGUUAGAUAGCUCCGUCUGCUGUUACUUAGUUGAAGCCUUAGCAUUCCCUUAGCCCGUCAUCCCCUCACUGACAGACGAAGCAACCAAGGCCCAGAAAGACAGUGAAACUCUGAUUGGUCUCAGUGAGGGACACAGUGCUGGGACACCUGCUGUCUUAAAGAGCCCACUUCUGAGAUUAGCACAUUUGCUAUGUGGAAAAUGGAAGGCUUAUGAUAUAAAAUUGUAACCAAACUAAGUUAUUACCUAGCCAGUAAGGCUGAGGAGCUCUUACUUAAGACUAAUUAGAAUAGGAACUUAGGACCUCAAAGGUGAUUGUUUCCUUAAUGCUGGGGAAGGCUUAUGAGGAUACACUCCUACUGGGCACCAAUUGGGCAUGAUCACUUCUGGCUUACCAGCAUCCAUGUCUGUCCAAGGAAGUUGUUUCAUGUCUUCCUACUCUGCUGGGGGCUGAGGCACAGGGACCAAAGUCCCGUGUGAGGCACAUGUCCCCAGUCUUUUCAUAGCUCUUUGCUCUUAGGAAGCAAAAGCCAUCCCUGUGGGAGCUCACAUAGAGCCUCCUGUCAUCGUGACUCUGAGUGGAGUGCUGUGCAGGACUCUCCAUGGUCGUAGUUGCCGCUUUGCCCUAACCUCAACCUUCUCUGGUAGUGUCAGCGCUUUUGCUUUUGUCUCUGUUCAUUUUGGUCGAGUUUGCAUUGGUGCGCUGGUACCUUUCAGUCAUUCCGUUUGAAGUCUUUCUGAAUCCUUUUGGUUUAUGUGUAUCUCUUAUGUGUUGCAGAACUUCAACUUGGCUUUGUAAUAGGACAUUAUUCUUUCCUAACAUACUUAUAUUCAUAUGACAUGCGUGAGCUUAGUGGAAUUUUAUUUGAUGCCUUACGUUUUUAUAACUUAAAAUAUUUUCUGGCAUGUGGUUUUCAUUGGUUUGUACUGCUAUGACUACCCUACUAGUCACUCUUAAGAUGAAGUUAGAAUUUAUGAAUGAAGCAGACAGACAAGUGCUGGAAGAAGGGCAGUGCCUUGUACUGAUUCUCUGGACGGAGUACAGUGUUUUUCUGUAGGUGGUUUGCUCAGAUUGUAGAUAACUGGGUGUCAGCCAGGGAGGCAACUUGGUGGGAGGCUCUCUCUUGUGUCCCCUGUAUGUCCUUACUAGCUACUCUGCCUCACUAACUCAAAGGCCCUGAGAAACCAUGUACACCUUACCUUUUACCUUGAAUUUUGGCAAGUUGGGUGGAAAUGCUGCUCUGAACGAGGCUUAGCACAGCCUCAGCUUGCCUCAGGUCACCGUUGCAGGUCUUCCCUGUCCCAUGUCUUCUCUGCUGGCCACUCCAAAGCCAUGUUGUUACUUAGUUUUCUCAAUCUAAUUCCUGUGACAGCAGCUGCUGAUGGUGAAGUUGACGUGUUUUCUUUCUUCAUCUCCUUCAUGGAAUUUUAGUGGCUACAAUACCUUUAUUGGUAUUUGCUUUUCUUGUAAAUAUGCCCAGUUUAUUGGCUUUAAGGAGGAAAUAGAGUGGCUUUAAGGAGGAAAUAGAGGCGAAGAGAUGGACCUUUGAAAUCGUGCUCUUCUGUGCCGUUGUGUAGCGAUUCCUUCCUUCCCAGGUGAGUAGUUCUCCUCCCACACUGUUCUGUGGUCCCAGCUGUAGGACCAGCUGUUUUAUUGCCGUUAGUUACCAUGGCGUGCUGUUCUCCCAGCUCUCUCUGCUUUGCCUGCAACGUGUCUAUAUGUGGAGUUCUUCAAACAAACUACAGAACCUGAGUUCUCGGUGGCUUAAGUUGUUUUAUUGCAGUUUUGCCAGACUUAGCAUUUUGAGAUGGCCCUUGCUUUCCUUGAGUUUUUUGUUUUAUUUUUGAGCCCUGGUCUUCUGUUACACAUCUUGCCCGCUGCUGUGAAGUCUGCCCAAUUUCAUUUUACGGCUGACAGACGUGAACUUGUUCUUGUUCCUCAUUUUGUCCUCUGUCUCCAUGAGCACAGCCUCUUCCUGGAGUCCCCUCCACUGAUUAUUCUCUCGGUUUGUUUGCUAUGUCCUUUUUCCCUCUUCUACUUUCAAAACUCUUUCUUUACACGGUCCUUUCUCUGGUUCUCUUUUGAUUACUCAUCACUCAAAACUGAAUAUCUUUUAGAAACCAUUGGCAGGGAAGUGACAUCCGUGGGACAGAAACACGGGAGUCCUAGUGUAGACAGGCAGCCUUUCCUUUGUGUAACAACUCCGCACUGUAACCUGUGGUCCUGCUGGUGAUGCCCACACUUGUUUUCCUGAUCUGUGGCUACCUCUCUGCUGCCUCCCACAAAUACAACUUAGCCAUGAACCUGCUCCUCCUCCCAUCUGUGCCUCCUUAGGGAUCCGUAUUUGCCCCUUACAAGUCGCAAAGUCCCAGUCACUGUGGGAAGGCACUUAGGUCAUGGAGUUUAGGUUGUACUGGUGGAGUCCCUUUCUGUAACGUGCAGGUCCUCUGCCUGCGUCUUCCUCAGCCUUGCUGAGCUCCACCUCCAAGGGUUCUGACAGUGUGCCGCUUCUUCAGGGAUUUGAAGCAUCACUGUUCUCAUUAUACCAAUGAUGAGGCUUGCUUUGUUUUCUUCAGAGCUGGCUCCAGUAGGAGAAGGGAGAAUGCCAGUUUAAUGCCUCCAUCUUAAAACGUAGGCUCAGAGAGACUGCUAAAAUAUAGGGCGCCAUGUCGCUGGGUAAAACUCUAUAGUGUUUGUUUAAUUUUGAUUAUUACAAAACUCCCAUUGUUAGUUUAAACCCAUGAGGCCCGUGUGUAGGAGCCCCUGCUUUCUUAGGUGACCUGCAGGGGACAGAGUGACAGUGUAUGCUUUGGAGUAUGACUUUUUGUCAUUUUUCU